AUGGUGGUCCCCACCCAGCCAGCCAGGCGCCUCCAGCCUCGGAAAUCCAGUUUUCCGGGGGACAGAGACGAGGCUCCCGGCGCGGGGGGCGAGGGGACAGCGACUGGCUGCUGUGGCGGGGCUCGGCGGUGCGGCGCUCGGUUCAGCUGCGCGCAGGGACCGAGGCGCGGCGUCCCAUCGGGGCGGCCCCGUCCGAGGGCGCGAGCUCAGGGUGGGGGGAGGAAGUCAGGCUGCAGGCCGCCGGGGCCAGAGGGCUGGGCCGGGGGCAGGAAGCUGCGGCGCGGGCUCCCCCCUCGGCGAUUUUCGAACUUCUGCUGUCGUUCCCGGUGCGCGCAAACCGCAGUUCGCUGCCGCCGCCGCCGCCGCGCACCCAGCCCCAGGGGGGGCAGGCUGCAGGGAGGGGGCGGGCGCCGGACGCUGGCCGCUGGCCUGGGGUCCUCAGCAGCCAUGGCGCGCCGCGGAGGGGGCUGUAGACCGCUGCACCUGCCGCGGAGGGGGCCGCCGGCGCCGAUUCACCUGCCGGAGCCGGAGCUGACCCAGGCGAGGCCGCGGCGGCGGCGGGCGCGCUCGGCUGCUCCUCCGGGUCCUAGAACCGCAUGUCUCCUCUCACCCGGAGCUGAGAUGGGCGAAGGGGGUCACAGCCUCGGAUUGGAGGGGGCAGACCUGCGGUGGAAGACUGUCCACAAAUGCGGGCGCCUUGGAGACCUAAGCCCAGAGAUGAGCUGAGGAUCAAAGGGAACCAUCUGCAAACAGGAUCCCCAAACAGGUUGGGGAGCACAGGCCUGGCCAGCGGAGACCCUCACCACCUGUGCCACUUGACCAACUGUGCCUGUUCUGACAUCUCCAGUGGCUUUAGAAUGGGCACCCAUGGAAAAGGGCAAGCUGGAAAAGCUGAGUACAACCAAGGUGGUGUCAAGGAGAAGCAGAGCUGUGAGGAACGCAGAAUUAAAGCCCGCUACUAAGCUGGGAAAGGAGCAGGCAUGGCAGAAGGUGGGGUGGGGCUGUGUUACCACCAGGGACCUAGGGUGGUCUCUCUUCGUGAAACAUAGUAAUCUCGGAUUUCUGCUAACUACAGAAAUACUCUCAAGCUCUUCAUCUCGACAGCGACUGGCAAAGGAAGUAUUUUUCCAAUCAUGGUCCACAGAGGAAGAUAAUUCUUCAAAGAAGGCUUGAUGGUCAAGUUUGGAGCCAAUGCGUUAAUGAAUGAAUCUGUGCUGCCCCCUUCUGAGGACAGGUGGUAUUACAGCUAAGAAAGGGCGAAGCUCCCAGUGGUGAUGGAUGGAGUCACAGCAGGGGUGACAUUUCUAGACUCUAGUCACCAUAUCACCUCUGAUGAAGGGAUUGUGCAUUCACUGGGGACCUCAGAACUAAGGUGACUGAGCAGAUUUCUCCAGGAAUCUCUCCCUCAUCAUUAUUCAGUAGGUGCCUCUUUAUUGUUACCAUAAACUAUGCAAAGGGGUUUCAUUGUGAUAUUUAAUACACAUAUAAUGUACUCUGCUCAAAUUCACCCCCUCUAUCACUUUUUGUGUCUCUUAAAAGGGUUAUCCUGGUGUGGUGAUGUAUGCCAGUAAUCCCAGCACUGGGACACUGAGGUUUGAGAGUUCCAGGCCAGCCUGGGAUUCAUAGCAAAAC